UUUUACUUUAUUGGCUAUAGCCAAGUGUAUUUAUAUAGAUGUGUAAGGUUUAAUGAAGUCAGGGAGUGGUACUUUAGAUGGUUCUUCGGGGUUGCCAACGAAGGCUGAAGACGACACUUCCGUUGAUCCCGAGGGCGAGCCUACCUGUGAUAUACCUCCGGAGCCCAUAUACUACCUAUAUGAAGACGAUGUGCAGUGGUGGGAUGAUGAUCCCGUGGCUGUUACCCAGCCACGGGAUGAAUGGAUCGAUCCACCACCCCGUCCACGGUUAAAUAACCGAGUAAAUCGGUUAAUAGGAACGCAUUUAGUAUCGCCAAUCAAGCAUGGGACGCACUUUGAUAAGGGUGAUGAUCUGAUCGAUCCACCGGAACCUGCUGCUAAGGGUAAUGAAGAACCGCCCAAACGGCGUGUUAAUAUAGAGUUGCGCCCGGUAAAGCAAGCUGAAUCGCCCACCAAGCCUCGUAAAAGUUUACGUGAAAGGCUUCGUGACGGAGAGGUUGUGUUCUACGAGGAUUUUGUGGAAAGAGAGAUUACACGCGACUUCUGCAGGUUGUUCCAGCGUCCAUUCCCUGUGCCUCGGCACGAUUGGGGUGGAGGCGACUUUUUCUACGGGGAGCACGUACCUUCCGUGAAGGAUAUCGGCACCGAGCUGCCACCCCCUUUUGACAUCGAGAAUCUAUCAGAGGCAGCAGCGGAGCCUGUAGAGGCACCUGUUAGAAAUAGCCACGUGGAUGCAUUGAUAAAUGCUGACAGUAGCAUUACACCAGCCCACCGUGAGGAGCUGAUAAAUGGUGAAAUACCAAGUUUGUAUAGUACACUACCAACCGGGUCAGUGCGCCAGCGGCAUCCGAAGGACCGUUUGGUCAGUUACCAUCAUCUGCGCACAUAUGCCUGCAUGAUCGAUUCGGUAACGAAAUGCCCGUUAAUCCACGUUGAAUUGAAAGCGGCUCUCCAACAAGGCUGGUUGCCCCAACGCGAGAUUGCCAAGUUAGAACCUAAGUCACGUACCAAGGAGCCGCCUCCAGACCCCUAUGCAGUUACCCCCGAGCAGGUGGAGCGCGCCAACGAGAUAUUGGCAUCAAGGCGUAAGCCAGUGGUUUCACAGCCGCGCAACAUGAAUAUUGUCGCAUCACGUCGCCAAGGUGCCCGUAAGGAACCCGUCCAGGUGGGAGGUGGUCGAUACGAAGUAUGAGUUUUAACUUCAGGAUACCAAGGAUCAAUACAUU